UUAGAGCAAACGCAAUCAACAAAUAGACCCUGACUUCUGGCAAAUCCGACAAUCUGAACUGACAUAACAAGAAACUGUUUCGAGAAAUUUUUAGCGUCUUUCGCAGAUGCACGAGUUUUUUUAGAUUGAACAAAAUCAACUAUUCGUCUAUCUAAGCCAUGGCUCUCGCUAAACCAAAAUCGGAAUUAACGCCGGAGGAGUUAGCCCGCCAGGAGGAGGAAGAAUUCAACACUGGCCCUUUGUCGGUGUUAACCCAGUCAGUUAAAAACAACACUCAGGUUUUGAUUAACUGUCGCAACAAUAAAAAGCUAUUGGGAAGGGUAAAGGCUUUCGAUCGUCAUUGUAACAUGGUUCUGGAGAAUGUUAAAGAAAUGUGGACAGAAGUGCCGCGCACCGGGAAAGGUAAAAAGAAGGUGAAGCCGGUUAACAAAGACAGGUUUAUCUCGAAAAUGUUCCUCCGUGGAGAUUCGGUCAUUCUAGUGUUACGAAAUCCUCAAGCCACUGCCGCAGGGAAGUAAAUUGCAUUGAAAAUAAUUUAGGAAUAAGCUUUUAUAUUCUCAUGUGAAACAAAUAAAUCGUAAUGAAUCGUA